AUGUCAGAAGAACAACGUUCAUCAAGCAUAUCCCUUGUAUCAGCCCUAAGAUUUGAACUUGACAGAGCCCGAAUGCAGGUUGAUCAAUUAAUCCAGGAACAGCGAUCUAACCGCUAUGAGAUUGAUUACCUUUUAAAGCAGUUUGCUGAAGAAAAGGCAGCCUGGAAAAGCAAAGAACGGGAUAAAAUUCGCAAUGCCAUUUCAUCCAUUGCAGGAGAACUUGAGGUGGAGAAGAAGUUGAGAAAAACAAACUGA